GAUCUUCCGCAGCCUCCCCCCGGCGGUGGCAUCCUCCCGUACUGGCUUUUGAUCACGUCUGCCGCAAGCAUAUACAAUGUCGCGCAGAACUACGUGACGCUCAAGCAGAGUAAGGAGGUUUACGCAGGCAAGCCGGAGCAGAUGACGCCGCUUGCGGGGCGACUGUUCGGCGCGUGGACCGCCAUGGCGGCCGUUGUGCGUCUUCUCGCGGCGUACGACAUUUCCAACCAGGGUCUGUAUGACCUCGCCAUUUGCGCAUUCGGCGUUGCCACGCUCCACUUCACCACUGAGUGGCUCGUCUUUGGCACCGUCAAGCUCAACCGCGGCAGCAUCGGCCCCCUUCUCGUCGGCUCCAGCGGCAUGGCAUGGGCCCUCACCCAGCGUGACUACUACCUUGGCCGUCUCUAG